AGAAGAGAAUGAGAGAAUAACAGAUUUAGAAAAACAAUACGUUUUAGCCUAUACAGUUUUAUAUAGAAGGCGUAUAGGUUUAAAUAGCUAGUCAAUUAGCCUGAAACUCCCAGAAUUCAUGCUAUUUCCAGAUUUUUCAUGACCGUGAGAGUCCUAUAUGGGGAAUUGUAUUUCCAUGUGGGACAAGAGCCCGAGGGAUCAUUUAAUAUGCACCAUGCAUGCACAACCCACAGCUGGAAUGAAUGAACACAGUGGAUAUUAUCAGUAUCUUUAGAAGACAACAGUAGCCUAUUGAACGCAAAGAGGGAGCAGCACGACCCGCAGGCCCGGCUCGUGACGCGCGAGAGGGGUGAGACUCAGCGCGUGGUGUCACCGUGGGAACCAGGAGACUGGCUGGCGCACAGGGGAGGGGCGCGCGCCAGGGUGAGUGGACUCUUUCCCUGGCACAGACCCAUCCACUCUCAGAGACAGACCGCGUGUCGCACACAGACGGUCUCUCCUAUGAUUCAUUCAUUCAGCGUUAAGAAGGACCGUUAUCAGGCAGCGGAUGUUCGUGAAGCGCUAGGCGGGCGGACAGUGUUGAUAAUGAUGGAGGGACAGUGCAGUCGCUGUAAGAUCGUGGUGGUCGGUGACACUCAGUGUGGGAAAACGGCGCUGCUGCAUGUGUUCGCCAAGGACAGCUAUCCAGAGAGUUAUGUGCCCACGGUGUUUGAGAAUUACACAGCAAGCUUUGAGAUCGACAAACACCGCAUCGAGCUGAACAUGUGGGACACAUCAGGAUCCUCGUAUUAUGAUAAUGUACGGCCUCUGGCGUAUCCUGACUCUGAUGCUGUGCUCAUCUGUUUUGAUAUCAGCAGACCAGAGACCUUGGACAGCAUCCCUAAGAAGUGGCAGGUAGAGGCUCAGGAGUAUUGUCCUAAUGCGAAGUUGGUGUUGGUUGGCUGUAAGCUGGAUAUGAGAACAGAUGUCAGCACCUUACGAGAACUGUCCAAACAGAGGCUCAUACCAGUUACACAUGAACAGGGGAGUCUACGAGCGCGUGAGUUGGGCGCAGUUGCGUAUGUGGAGUGUUCGUCCCGUAUGUGCGUGAACAGCGUCCGAGACGUCUUUCACAUCACCACGCUCGUGUCUGUCAGACGUGGCCCCGCCCCAAGCCUUAAGCGAAGCUCAUCACGCCGCACUCUCAAGCGCAUAUCUAAUCAGCCUCUACUGCCAGUCAGCUCGGAAGCCACACCCCUUGAACCAGCCCCUACCCUCAGGGAGGACAGAGCCAAGAGCUGCACAAUCAUGUAGACUCAAAUGCACGCACAGUCACAGUGGUGUGUAUGAAUUGAGAAGAUAUGUGCAGAAAACAGACUGAUUCUCUGUAUUUACGGGACAUUAAGGGUCAUAUUUUCUUUUUCAUAUAUGGCCUAUAGGACUGUACAGAACAGUGUGAAUAUAUAAUACAGAGGAGUUCUAUUUAUUAACUCUUACUUUGCUUUUAUUUUUGUCAUUGUGGUUUAUGUAGCACACCUAAGUGUCACAAAGUGUGUAAAGCACAAGUAAAAUAAAAAAU